UCUGCUAUAUGGCAGAGUGAUUCAGUUAAAUAUAUAUAUGUACACACACAUCUUUUUCAUAUUUUUUCAUAUGGUUUAUCCCAGGAUGUUGAAUAUAAUUACCUGUGCUGUACAGUAGGACCUUGUUGAUUGAGUUUUCAUUGAAAGCUUCCCUGGAUAGAAGAAUAAAUCAUAGAUGAAUUUUAAGGCUUAGACAUUUUGUCCUAAAUAUCACAUAGGUUAGCUAUUUGUGGCCUCAAUAUGCAUGCUUAAGGACAAGAAAAACCCCAGUUGUUAGUUGUGGUCUAAAUUCCACAACUAACGUAUUGAAUACGUCUUGCACGUUAUGCAGUGAACCAUUGGAGAGGACAAACUUUAAAUCCUUCAUCUUUGAAACUCUGAGCUUGACACCUUUCUGGAAUUCUUUUUGAUUUAAAAGUAUUUCUGUGUUGUCUGUGAACAGAUCUGCUGAAUAAUUAUUAGGUUGCUGCUGGCGACAAGUGAAAGAUAGAAUACUUAGGAAAAGGCCACUUGCUUCAUGUCCACAGGGAGCCUUUGCACUCACUCAGUGUGGUCUGUAGUUAAUUUCAGAAGGAAAAUGGGUCAAACUUGAAAAAACAACUUACAGAGAUCCUACUGGUAAAACAAGAACGUGGGAGACCGUGAAGCGGACAACCAGGAAAGGCCAGUCGGCUGACGGUGUGGCAAUCAUCCCUGUGUUGCAGAGAACCCUUCACUACGAAUGCAUCAUUCUGGUGAAGCAGUUCCGACCCCCAAUGGGGGGCUACUGCCUAGAAUUCCCCGCGGGUCUCAUCGAUGACAACGAAAGCCCGGAAGCAGCUGCUCUUCGAGAGCUCGAGGAAGAAACUGGCUACAAGGGCGAUAUUGCUGAAUGCUCUCCAGCUGUGUGCAUGGAUCCAGGCUUGUCAAACUGUACUGCACACAUUGUGACCGUCACUAUCAACGGAGAUGACGCUGAAAAUGUAAGGCCUAAGCCAAAGCCAGGAGAUGGAGAAUUUGUGGAAGUAAUUUCCUUACCAAAGAAUGACCUGCUGAAUAGACUUGAGGCUUCACCUUCACGUGGAACACGUGUGUCCCUGACAGUGGAGAGGAGGCGUGAGUCAUCAUCGCUGGGUGGUUUAAAGCAGCAGAACCCUGCAGUGAGCCAUCCACAAGGUGAUGGAUGGAUCUGUAAACUUAAAACCUUCGCUGUUUUCACAUUAAAAUCAUCACCUGGCUUAUGUGCUCUUCUGUCUUUUUUCUUGUUCCAACUCUUCCUUGUUCUUGUCUCAUGCUGGAGACAUAAUCCUGCUUUAUGCUGUAUUCUUCUGCUAGAGUAAGAUCCCUGAAGGCAGCAAGUGUCUUGUUCAUCACCGUUACCACCAGCACCUAGCACAGGAACGGCACACAGUGACUGCUCAGUGAACGCUGGCUGACUGGUAAGGGGUAUUAUUAUCCGUUUUCGACUUGGUUAUCUGACUUAUGCUCUUCACCUC